AUGCUCAAAAUUACUGGUCUAGAACAACACCAACAACAACCGAUGUCAUCAUCGGUUUGCGUGUUAAAGGUCACUUAUAAGCUACAGGAGGACAAGGACUUGCAUAUUUAUCUAAAAGCGAUUUCACCCACUUAUGAAUAUGUUAAAACGCAGAUAAAAGCGUAUUUCGUCGACCUCUAUCAACUACAACCCGGCAUACUCCGCAUAUAUUGGGUCGAUGAAGAAUGUGAUGAAAUUGAAAUUUUCAACCAACAUGAUUAUGAAAUAUUUAUGGUUACGUGUUCGGAACGUCGUCGUUUAUUUGUGGCUCCAAUAACAGCCGUUGACAAAGAUUUUAGUGAAGAAGCCGAUGAAAUGAAAGCAAGUGCGUCGGAAUUUUUCGACACUAAUCACGACAUUCGCGAAAAUGAUUUGCAUAACAAGCCGCGUGGUUUGAAUGAAGGGAAUGACAACUACAAACCAUGGGAUGAGGAGGAAGUGGCGAACAGUGUUCAGAAAGAAGCUGCUGUUGAUCUCAAUACAUCUUACGCUACACACUCAGCUUGUUCAAGCGAUGUUAUUGCAAACGAUGCUAUUCCGGAAACAAAUUUUGUAAAUGAUUUGCCCGAAAAGCCAUGUGGAUUAAAUGAAAAGAUUGACAACUACAAACCGUGGGAUGAGGAAAAGGCGGCAAACAGUGUUCAGGAAGAAGCUGCUAUUGACAACGAUGGAAGUUCGGAAAUUGAUUUUGUAAGUGAUUUGCAUGAAAAGCCAUGUGGUUUACACGGAAAGAAUGACAACUACAAACUAUGGGAGGAUGAGGAAAUGGCAAACAAUGUUCAGGAAGAAGCUGCUAUUGAUGAUGACAACGAUGGAAGUUUGGAAAUAGAUCUUGUAAAUGAUUUGCAUGAAAAGCCGUGUGGAUUAUAUGAAAAGAAUGACAGUGACACAUCAUGGGAUGACGGGGACAGUCUUCAGGAGGAAGCUGCUGUUAAUCUCAAUACAUCUUGUGCUACACACUUAGCCCAUGAUGAUGAGAACGACGCAUGUUCGGAAAUAGAUUUUGUAAAUGAUGUGCAUGAAAAGCCGUGUGGAUUAUAUGAAAAGAAUGACAAUUACACGCCAUGGGAUGACGAGGAAGUUGCAAACGAUGUUCGGGGAAAUGAUGUUGAUGCCAGCAGUGAUAAUGAAGACAAAAACAUCUGGGAUUCGUUUGUAAAAGUCGAGUCAACAAUUCCAGCUGAAGGGUGUUCUAAUGGUAAAAAUGCGGAUAUCGUUAUUGUGGAGGAUGUUGCAGCUUCAGACUCUGCAGAAGUCACCAACGAACGGACAAUGUCAGGAAUCUCCGCCGAAGGUGUUGCUUCGUCCGGUAACAACGUAAUUGAAGCACCCAUUGAGAUCGUUUAUCACGCUGACGAAUUCAUCAAUAGUGGCGUUAAAGUUUUGUUGAAUAUGGGUUUUAGUAAUGAAUUUAAUCGCUUGGUACAGGUUUUACUAAGCGUUGAGGGGAUUAUACCCGCAGCUUUAGACUUGUUGUAAAUUUGUUCAGGGAAAAGCUGAACAUUUUGUGUUUACAAAUAGUUUUGAUUACGCAUUAAUGCGUAUCCCCUUUUCUAUUUCAUUUUCUUUCU